UAAGCGUGAUUGACGAAUGCUGCCAGGCGAUGGCGCAGCUGGUUAAAAAACAAACUCAAGUGAAGUGACAUCUUUGCGACGUUUUUGGUGAAGCUUCUGAAUAUUAAUUGCUAAAUAAGUAAAUGUAAACAAACCAGAAUUUCUCCCAGAAGACGUCUUUGAUUAUGGACGCUUGUGUAGUAAUAAACAGUUUUCGUCCGGCUGCCAUGAUGAAUCCGGCCGACAGGAUGCCACAGUGACGGAGAAUAGCCCCAUUGGUUGCCAUGGCGCCCUGCAGCAAUCCCUCUCAGUUCCUGUGCUUGUGUGGAUUGAAGGGAUUGAAGAAACAAGUACUCUUACUCUGAUGCUGGAGCGCGGUUUUGGUGUCCAGUGAGCACAGCUGCCUCUUCAUCCUACACGUUUCCACUGUUGUGGCAGCAGAGCCGCUGGUCCGAGGCCUGAGGAAACUCCCUGAAGAUAUCGACUGGUCAUACUCAGGGACUCUGAACCAGCGCAGCUGGGGUAAGAGGUACCCAUCCUGUAACAGCGCCAGACAGUCUCCAAUGGACAUCGAUGAGACAUUUACCCAAGUCAGACUGCAGUACCAGAACCUGCAGCUCGAAGGCUGGGACAGACUGACAGCAGAAUCCAGCACUAUCCACAACAACGGGAAGACUGUGGCCCUCAGUGUGGAAGGGGAAUUCUUUGUGAGUGGAGGAGGGUUGAGCUCCAGGUUCCAUGUUGGCAGAAUCACCUUCCACUGGGGGCGCUGCAAUGCAUCGUCAGAAGGGUCUGAACACAGCCUGAAUGGGAUGAAAUACCCACUGGAGAUGCAAAUCUACUGUUAUGAUCCAGACGACUUCCAAAGUCUGGAUGAUGCUAUUAGAGAAGGAGGGAGGAUCGCUGCCUUGGCUGUGCUCUUUGAAAUCAGCCUGGAAGACAAUGAGAACUUCACUCCUGUUAUAGAGGCCAUCAACACUGUCAGCAGGUUUGGUAAGAGCGGGUCGAUGGAAGCCUUCACGCUGCGGUCUUUGCUGCCUAAUAAUACGGAUAAAUACUACAUCUACAACGGCUCGCUGACUGCACCUCCCUGCUCUGAGACGGUGGAAUGGAUCGUCUUUAAACAUACCGUCGCCAUAUCAGAAACUCAGUUGGAGGUGUUUUGUGAGGUGAUGACGAUGGAGCAGGCUGGAUAUGUGAUGCUGACGGAUUACCUGCAGAACAACUUCAGGGAGCAGCAGCAGCAGUUCACGGGUCAGGUGUUUGCCUCAUACACCGGAGUUGAGGACGUUCUCACGCCCACCUGCAGUUCGGAGCCAGAGAAUGUUCAGGCUGAUGCCCAGAACGACACGACCAUCGUGGUGACGUGGGAGCGUCCCCGCGUGGUUUACGACACAACCAUCGACUGGUACACCGUCACCUACCAGAGGCUGCAGGGCCGAGACCAGAGCAAGCGGGAGUACAGGACAGACGGGGACCAGGAUGUGGGUGCCAUCAUCCCCAACCUGCUGGCCAACAGCAGCUACGUGGUUCAGGUGGUUGCUGUUUGCACCAACGGACUCAGAGGACGAUGGAGUGACCAGAUUAUAGUGGACAUGCCGUUAGAAGAACCUGAAAGUGAUUCAGAUCCUGAUGCUAUCACAAGAGACUUGGAGAGCAACAGGGAGGUCUCAUCAAAAGCAAGAUGGGAGAAGCCCGAGAACCAGAAUCAGGUGGAUUUGUCUUCAGAGGACCACAGCCCAGUGGAGGAGGUCCCAGUGGAGCAGACAAGAGUUUACCAGAACCAACCAUCACACCACCAGAAUCAGCCCAAAAACCAGGUCGGCUCCCGUUCGACCCCAGGAACUCCUUCUGAGUCUGCUGUUCUACAGGAAACUCAACUCAACCAGAACGUGAAAAAGAAACCGGGCUGGAGCAGCUCUAAUCUCAAUGAUAUGGAUCAAAACUGGAUCGACGAGGACCAGGAUGUGCCAACGCACCGGCCACUCACUAAUGCAGGUUUUGACAGCAACGGGGCAAUAUGGGUAGCCGACGUAACUGAGCAGCCGGGCUUCCUGUUUCCAGUUGCACGGACGACCACCCUGCCGACGAACCGCAGACAGAUCACAGAGGAGGCGUCAUUAUCAGUGUCAUCAAUUCAGUCAAGCGACCAUGGUGCACCAGAUGAUUCUGGAGAAAGUGGCCUCCCUUCUCCCCAGUCGGACCUCUACACCCCUCCUGUGGAGGACAUCCAAGUCACGGAUGUCUUCUAUGAAGACACGGUUAACAGCUCUCCACUAGAAACCACCACCUCUGCUGUUACAGCGUCUGCUGCUGCUGUGCUGCCAGGUAACGGAGUCUCCUCGUCGUUCUCUGAAGACAGCAGUGCCCCUGUGAACAAACCUGUACCAGAAACCUUCGCCUCAGUCCCCUCCACCCCCUCCUCCAUCUGGAUCACGGCAAGGGCGGCAACUGCCAGCAACACACUGGCUGAGUCAGUCUACAAAUCAUUCACCUCCUCCUCUCUGCUCAGGGUGUUGAUGCACACAACCCAGCCCAUGUUUAAUGCAAAUAGACCCACAUCCAAGAUUGAGAACUCAGCCAUUGAUCAGUCCUUUGCCUUAACAAACUCUCCCAAUACUCUUAGUGGAGUGAUCAUCAACCCUGCAAAUCCUGCAGUGUCUGUCCCAGAAGGAGGUUUCCAUGCCAAAGGAGAUUCAUUCAGUGUCACGCCUCAGCCACUCAACCAUUUUAAUGAAUACACCAGCAGUUUCCAUCCUUCUCCUGCCCUCCCUGAAGAUAACAGGAGUGGCAUUAUCUUGCAUCAUAAUGACAAGUCCUCUGAAGAGCACUCUAUUGUCCGUCUGCAAAUGGAUUUAGAAUACCCUCAGACCUCUACCACUCUGGGUUCUCAGGAUCACUUAAUCACUGCAUACUCUUUUUCUUUGCUGCCUGGUAACGACUCAAGUACCAUCAGCUUAUCAGAAACAAGCACAGCUAAAGAGAAGAACCCAAAUGCUUCUCAAACUCAAACUGAUAGGAUUCAGGAUGGUCUGAACAGUUUUCCACAACCUGACAGCAGAGAACAAGAGGAAGGCAGGAUGGACAGACAUAAAAAACACCCCAACUCCAUUUCAGUCCUAUCUGUCUUUAAUUCUAAAGGCUUGACGUUGUCUGUUCCUGAUAAUUCAGAAAAGUCCAACCCAGACAUGCCAGUAGAGGGAAGUGGAUCAGGCUCUGGCCUUUAUAGCAACACGUUCAGUCAAGACUUUGGUGGAGUCAAUAGAGUCAAGACUGACCUUUCAAGUGUUAGCUUCAAGGUGGAUAAUACUGGAAACAAGAACAGAUUAACAGGAAUUACGAUGGAUAGUGAAACAGGUGAAACUGCAAAUGAGGCAGGAAGCAAAAUAAGUCGCAAGAAAGAGUGUGAAACUGUGGUAGAGAAAGAAAUGGUGGGGAAUGACAGUGAGCUAAGUGGUGAGGAAGAAGAAACAGAAGGAGAAGGGGUGUACAACAGUGGGAAUCAGAGCAUGAGGAAAGUGGAUGGUGAAACAGACAAAAGUGCCAGACAGGUCAAUAGCACAUCAGGUUGUGGCAUGCUGAAAGAGAAAGAAACUAAAGUUGAGACUGGAGCAGGAAAGAAAAUAUACAGUGAGCCUGGUAGUGGGGAUGAAAUUGAGCCCAAUUUUAUAGGCCUGAGCUGGCUUGAGGACAUCCUUGGUUCUGGAGAGGGAGGAGAUGGAGUAGACAAUGGAAAAGCAAAGAAAGUCAGUGAUGACAUAGAAGGUAUCAAAGCUGUAAUUGGAAAGGAAAGUGGUGACAGAGGUGAUGGAGGGGAACACAGCAGCAAAGAAAUUGGAUCUGGAAGAAGAGAUGGUCUCAAGCUGUCUGUCAGUCAAGAUAAACCGACAGAAGACCUACCACUGUUUGACAGCAGUGAAGAAACUAGCAAUGAACAUGAUGAAAAGGGUCACAACAGUUUCACCCACAGAGUUAUUUGGGUUAACUCUCCUUUGGAGGACAACAAAGAGGCAAAUAAUGACGGUAAAAGAAAGAAAGAACUGGUGUAUGAGGAAAACAUUGAAGGAGGUGGUAGAGAAGGUAGUGGGGCAGCUGUGACCGGAGAGGGUUUGCAGCAGUUCUCAAAUGCAGAUGGCUUGUUGUUUGAUGCUGCAAGAAGUCCAGUGUUGGCACGUCUUGACCCUCUGCUCAGACUGACACAUGGCAGCAAGGCCACGGAGGAGCAAAUGGAAGAGGGCAGCAACAGCAGCCACGAGUCUCGGGUUGGGCUGGUGGGAGGUGUGGAGAGGGAGAAGAGGACAGUCGUUCCUCUGGCUGUUGUCUCCACUCUCACCAUCCUCUGUCUGCUGGUGCUGGUGGGCAUACUCAUCUACUGGAGAAACUGUUUCCAGGCAGCUAAUUUCUACCCAGAUGACAGUGCAUCACCUAAAGUCAUAUCUGCCCCAUCAACACCCAUGCUGGCCACAGACGGUCAUGAGCCGCUGACAGUGAAGCAGUUUGUGAAGCACGUCAUGGAGCUACACACCACCAACACCUUCUCCAAGGAGUUUGAGAUUGUCAAAGAAUCCUAUGAGGAGGUACAGGCAUGCACGGUGGACAUGGGCAUCACCGCCGACAGCUCCAAUCACCCUGAAAACAAAAGCAAGAACAGAUACAUCAACAUACUGGCCUAUGACCACAGCAGAGUCAAGCUCUCCAACAGUUUGGACAGAGAUGGAAAAUGUGGAGACUAUAUCAACGCUAACUUUGUGGAUGGUUAUGAGCGAACGAGGGCGUAUAUCGCAGCUCAGGGGCCUCUCAGAGCAGGCAGGGAAGACUUUUGGAGGAUGAUCUGGCAGCAGAACAUUGGAGUUAUCGUCAUGAUCACCAACCUCAAGGAGAAAGGACGGACGAAAUGCGACCAGUAUUGGCCGGAUGAGAACCUGGAGGAAUACGGCCCAUACCAGGUGACCCUGAAAAGCAGCAAGACCCUCGCUUACUACACACUGCGUACGUUCACUGUGAGAGAUACCACAAAUAAGGUUUCUCAGAAGAGAGUUGAACACACGGUCCUCCAUUACCACUACACCCAGUGGCCCGACAUGGGUGUCCCAGAAUACACUCUGCCUGUCCUGUCCUUCAUCAGAGCAUCCUCCCAGGCACGGACGCAGGAGAUAGGACCCGUACUGGUACACUGCAGUGCCGGUGUAGGAAGGACAGGAACCUACAUCGUGAUAGACAGCAUGCUGCAGCAGAUCCAGGAUCAGGGUACUGUCAACGUUCUCGGUUUCCUAAAACAUGUCCGGACGCAGAGGAACUUCCUGGUUCAGACGGAGGAGCAGUACGUGUUCAUCCAUGAUGCUCUGGUGGAGGCCAUCUUGAGCCGUGACACCAUGGUUACCUCUGACCUCCUGCACUCUUAUGUGUCUGACCUCCUGACACCUGGGGCAACAGGCAGGACACGCAUGGACAAACAGUUGAAGUUGAUCAGUCAGCGUCAGGCGAAGCACGCAGACUACAGCACUGCCCUGAAAGACGGCAACGCCGAGAGAAACAGAGCCAGGGCUCUGAUGCCUGUGGAGAGAUCAAGAGUGUGCUUGACCGCUUCAGAAACAAACUCCACUGGAUACAUCAAUGCCUCCUAUGUCACGGGACAUCACCACAGUAAGGAGUUCAUCGUGAGUCAGACUCCUCUGAGCAGCACCGUGGCAGAUUUCUGGAGAAUGAUCUGGGAACACGGCACACACACUGUUGUCCGUCUGCCAGACACACACUGUCAGAGUGAGGAAGGGCAUUCUUGUGUUUACUGGCCUAGUAAAGACCAGCCAAUGAGCUUUGAGGGUUUCACUGUGUCAUACUCGGAGGAGGAGCAUGUAUGUCUGCCCAAUGACGAGAGACUUUUGGUGCAGGACUUUACAGUGGCUUCUCCACAGAACAAUUAUGUGUUGGAGGUGCGUCAGUACAGCGCCAACUGCUGGCCCAACCCAGACAGUCCCAUCAGGAACAGUUUUGAUGUGGUCAGCGCAGUCAGAGAGCACAGCAGACUUUCUGAUGCGCCUAUAGUCGUACAUGAUCCGUUGGGAGGUGCUACAUCAGGGCUGUUCUGUGCCCUCACCACCCUGUCAAGUCAGCUAGAGGAGGAGGGAGCAGUAGAUGUCUACCAGGUGGCACGGAUGACCAAUCUCAUGAGGCCUGGAGUUUUUAAUGACAUAGAGCAGUACCAGUAUCUGUACCGAGCCGUGCUGAGCCUGGUGAGCAGCCAGGAAGACCAGAGAGCCUUGCAGAGUCCAGAAACCAACGGAUCUGUACCGCUGGGACAGACCAACAUCGCCGAGAGCCUGGAGUCGCUCAUGUAGACGCAUACACACAUGCACGCCUAACACAAAACCGUGUCUCAAACACAGAAACCGCAUCAUACGAGAACACGCACCAGUAUAGAAAUGGCCCAGCAUGAUGAGAGGAUGUGUGUCUGUGUCCACUGAGCAUGCUCUAAUGUACAGUGUGUUCAGGGAUCACAUACACUAAAACUUCCUUUGAAUUAAACCUUUUGUAAAGAGAGCCAAACAAAAGAAAAAUGACAGCCAAAUCCUUUUAAGGGCUUUUCCUUCAAAACUUAAUGAAUAUGAAAUAAAUCUUAUAACCUAAAAAUUUGUUAAUGAAUUCCUCUGUAUUCCACUAGAAAUGAUUCUUCUUUUCUAUAAUUUGAAGUACAUACCUACCUGACAUUCAUUUAAAUCUUUAACAUGUACUUCUUUUGUUUCUUUCAUUUGAUCUCUUUUUUUUUCCGCUUUUUUCGUGACUCAUGCAUUCCAUCGUGCUUCUGUAACAAAGAAAGGCAUAUUAAUAAAAAAAAUCCAAUUAGCAAGCAGGCAGACAGAACUGAAUCAAGGUUUCCAAAAAAUAACAUAAAAUAAAAGUGGAACCACAAGAUGACUUCAUUGUCACAAAAAGGAAAAUGAUGCAGGAAAUGACUUCCUCCUUAACCCUUGUUUUCCUUCACGUUAUGCACUGCACAUUAACCAGCAGUUUUUGGAGCUCAAACUACCCCGCAUUCUUAUUUAGAGUAAUGUUUUGAAUAACCAAAUCUUCUUAAGGCCGCACUAGUGACAUUAUAGUGACUGCUGGUAUUUACUGCUGUUGCGUUUCUCUUUUCACGUCCUGCUGCCACUGGCUCCAUAGUCUCUGGCACCCUGUGCCUUUUUUGAUUCAUCUUCUUGUACUUUAAACUUGUUUUGAUACAACAACUGUGUGACUAAUAAGCCAAAAUGAUGAUCUGUGAUUUGUUUCUAUUUUCUUAAAGUUUUGUUGCGCUUGUUACUUUCGUAUAUAAAGGUCAAAGAGGACAGGAGGGGCAAAUGUUAUCAGGCCCGGAUGUUUUUUUAAGUGAUGCAAACUGGGAUUUAAAGCGAUAUUCCACACAAAAUCUCUAUUCUGAGUAUUAAACAGGACAGUCCCUGUAAGUCUGACUCGUGGUUGUAAAAAGUAACAGUUUGAAUCUCAUCUCAUUGAUAAGCAGCUUUUAUACUUAUAUAAGUAUAAAAACCUAUCUAACCGCUCCUCAAACAGAAUAAUCAGUCAAUAUAAUCAUCUAUGAGGACAUCACUACGUCGUUCAGCUGAGACAGUUGUCAUAAUGAUGCAAACAUUUAAUGCUUAGAUGAUGAGACAAACAGCUGAAAUAAGUGAGAUUUUUGAGACUUUGGAUUCCCCGCACUUCCUCUGCGUCCCUGUGCCGCUUGCUAUGACUGUUCGCGUUCUGAGGGAGCCCAGGUGUUUCCAUUGCGUCAGAUACGAUCAACCUUUGAAUCACUUUCAAUCAACGUUGCAGCUUCUGUCUGUGCCUGUUUUGCGUCUGCUCUGUGCCAUUUGUUUAGCACGUCUGGGGAUGCAAAAUGGCACAAAUCAUAAAGGCUACUGCAGCUGAAGCAGUGAUACUAACUGGAACGAGUCUGAACACCUUUUGUGUAAAUAUCCUUGACUACAUCAAAAGGCCAAAUUACUUGUUAUGUUUAUACUGUAUCUCUAUAUAUUUUCUAUUUUACUAUAAAAAGUGAUUUUCUAGUCAUUUACACAUAUAUAACUGUGUGGAUUCUAUUUGAUAAUUUUAGCCUGGAAAUAUUGAUCAUGUUUAUAGUUUAAAUGGAAUGGUAGCUCUUUUUAUCUUUAUGAUUACAGUAGCAGCUUAUUGUCUCUACCUUUAUCUACAGCCAGAAACUGGUGCAGUAUGUAUAUAGAAACAGGUUGUUUAUGAUUUAAGUUUGUUUCUUUUUCUGGGUGGGAAAAAAAAAUAAAGCGUUCUUGCUUAGACCCAAA